UUGUCAGUAGCUCACCGCCCCUUGAGCAUCAUGCUUCUGCGGGCCAGACUCAAAAUUAAUUACAAAUGGAAAUCUGCCAGAAUAAGUCGCCUGAGCUUGUGCAGGAGUCUGCACGUGGACAGUCCUCCUCAGCAGCCCACCCUCCGCAGCAGCUAUGUCCACGGCACGUCUUCAGUGUCUCUGCUGCAGCUCACUGUGAGCCAGGCCCUGGACUCGGUCACAGAGCGCUGGCCUGAGCGAGAGGCGCUGGUCUGUGUGGAGGACGGGGUCAGGAAAACCUUUGCACAAUUUCACCAAGAUGUGGACAGGCUGGCUGCAGGACUGCUGGCUCUGGGUCUAAAACCAGGAGACCGUGUGGGAGUGUGGGGCCCCAACUCAUAUGAAUGGAUCCUGUCUCAGUUUGCCACAGCCAAGGCUGGCAUGAUACUGGUUCCACUGAACUCGGCCUAUCAAAUGAAGGAGCUGGAGUUUACUCUUAAAAAGGUUCAGUGUAAAGCAGUCAUUUGCCCUUCUAGUUUCAAAACCCAAAAGUUCAGUGAAAUCCUCAGACGCCUCUGUCCAGAGAUCGACACGUCACCAAAAACCCAAAUCCAAAGCUCCAGACUUCCAGACCUGCGGAUGGUGAUCCUGAUGGACAGCGUGCAGCCGGGAAUGUUGCGCUUCCAGGACGUGAUGGACGCAGGCGAGAGUCGGCACCACAGAGAGCUGAUGGAUCUGCAGAGCAAGUUCACCUGUGACGAUCCCAUUAACAUCCAGUUUACCUCGGGAACAACUGGUAAUCCAAAAGGAGCCUGUCUGUCGCACCAUAAUAUUGUUAAUAACGCAUAUUUAGCAGGACUCAGAAUGGGAUAUGGGUGGAGGCCCGAAGCGCGUGUGUGUGCUCCUGUGCCCCUGUGCCACUGCUUUGGCUCUGUGAUGGGAUCGAUGACCAUGGCCGUACACGGUAUCACACUGAUCUUUCCUUCCAAGGGCUACAACAGCAGCGACAGCCUCAAGGCCAUUCAGAAUGAAAGGUGCAACAUCGUCUAUGGGACUCCCACAAUGUUCAUAGACAUGCUGAACCAAACAGACCUCCACACGUUUGACUUGUCUUCUGUUGAAGGAGGUCUCAUGGGAGGAGCCCCGUGUCCUCCUGAGAUUCUGAAAAGACUUAAAACGGAGAUGAACAUGAAAGAAAUGAUGACAGGUUAUGGAACCACUGAGAAUAGUCCUCUCACCUUCUUAGGAUUCCCCCUGGACACUGACGACCUCAAGUGUAAUACUAUCGGCUGCAUAAUGCCCCACACUGAGGCGAAAGUGGUGGACCCUGUCACUGGGGUCACAGUUCCUCUGGGAGCUUCAGGAGAGCUCCUGAUCAGAGGGAGCUGUGUGAUGCUCGAAUACUGGGCAGAUGAAGCCAAAACCAGAGAGGUCAUUGGUAAAGACCGCUGGUACAGGACAGGAGACAUAGCCAGUUUGAACAGCAGGGGAUAUUGUGUUAUCAAAGGACGCAUAAAAGAUUUGAUCAUCAGAGGAGGAAACAUCUACCCAGCUGAAAUAGAGCAGUUUUUAUUCACACAUCCAAAGGUCAAAGAGGUGCAUGUGGUCGGAGUGAGAGACGAGCGGCUCGGUGAGCAGGUUUGUGCCUGUAUCACCCUGAAAGAUGGACAGAGCUGCACUCCACAGGAGAUCCAGUCUUUCUGCAAAGGACAGAUCUCGUACUUUAAGAUUCCACAGUACGUGGAGUUUGUGGACGGGUUUCCGUUGACAGCUUCUGGAAAGAUUAAGAAGAUUGAACUAAAGGAAAUUAUUGAGAAAAAAUUGGGAAUUUAAUUAUAUGUAACACAGUUUUUAUGAAAGGUAGUAGAUGACACUUAUUAAUAUUUAUAUAGUAUAAUAUAAAACCAACAGAGCAGACAUAGUUAGUUUGAACAGCUCUGAACAGCUAUCUUGAAAGGCACUAAAUAAAUGCACUCAAUCAAUCAAUCAAUCAAUCAAUCAAUCAGACAGUUAACUGUUGCAGUCGUCUAUCACAUAGAAACUUUGUGGGCUGAUUUGAGCAGAGUGCACACACUUUUUGGUCCUAGUCCUCCUUUGGGUCAGUGACGCCUCUGACGUAGGCAGAAGUGGUACUGGCCACUGAAACAUGUCAGGUCAAUAAGAUAUUUAGCUUUUUACAAUUUGUCUUAUUAGAAUAAAAUACAAGUUUCUAUAUAAUAAAAGGACAAAAUCAAAUUUCUAAAUGUUGCCUACUAUCACAGAUCUGAUGUUGGACUUAAGUUGUUGACAUAAACAACUGUCAAACUGCUAAAACCAUAAUGUUUAGUUGUUGGGGUUUUUUUUUUCAAUUCCUUUGACACACUUUUUUCUUGAAAACUGACAUUUGCAGCAGCUCAUAGCAGAUUUUACCGUCAACACUCACCAACUUUGGUCAUGUGUUUUGUGUGUGUUAGGUCAUGUUUAUGCUUUUUUUCUUUUUAUCUAUCUUGUUAUCUUAAUGUUUUAUCAAUUAAGAAUGACAUAAUAUUGUGAAAGCAGUAAAGUACUUCUGAAAACAUUUUUGUAC